UUCGUGCGUGUGGGCUUGACGCGACGUCAUCACGGCUGUCAGCGCUCAGCCAAUCAGCGUUCACUCUGCUGUGCGGCGCUCCAGAAUGAUACAGACGAGGGAGGUCGGUGUUCAGUCAUGAACUUCAAUAACUUCUUCACAUCCAUCUAUUAAGGUUUGUAUGCAUCAGUGGUACACUGUUUGUGUAUGUGCCUGCACCUUCAGCCAUGCCUGUGACAUCUCAGCUGCUCAGGGGUUUGCCCCGCACCAAGGUCUUGACAGCCAGUCUGUUACCAUGCCAACAACACCAGUCCCAGUUAGCACCCAUCACUCGCCGACCUGCCUCAAGACGGCCCUCUCACGUAUGGCAGAGCCCCCAGCACGCACGAAGUUACCAGACAACCUCAGUGCUGCGCAGCUACAUCCUCUCUCCCCCGCAGGUCAACUCUAUUCUGAAAGCCAACGAGUACAGCUUCAAGGUGCCGGAGUUUGAUGGGAAGAAUGUGUCAUCAGUGAUGGGUUUUGAGAGUAAUCAGCUGCCAGCCAAUGCUCCUAUAGAAGACCGUCGAAGUGCAGCCACAUGCCUGCAGACACGAGGAAUGUUACUGGGUGUGUUUGAUGGCCAUGCAGGCUGUGCCUGUGCACAGGCGCUGAGUGAGAGGUUGUUUUACUACAUAGCAGUGUCUCUGCUGCCCCACGACACACUGUGUGAGCUCGAGGCAGCGGUGGAGGCCGGCAGGGCCCUCAGUCCCAUCCUGCAGUGGCACAAACACCCCAACGACUACUUCAGCAGGGAGGCUCAGACUCUCUACUUCAACAGCCUCCGAACCUACUGGCAGGAGUUAAUAGAUCUCACCAGUCCAGGUGAAGUUCCAGACACCCGCGAGGCAUUGCUGAAUGCCUUCAAAAGGCUGGACAGUGACAUUUCCCUGGAAGCUCAGGUCGGAGACCCGAAUGCUUUCCUGCACUACUGGGUCCUGAGAGUGGCCUUUUCUGGAGCAACGGCCUGCGUGGCUCACAUCGAUGGAUCAGACCUGUUUAUAGCCAAUGCAGGAGAUGCUCGGGCAGUGUUGGGGGUGCAGGAGGAGGAUGGUUCAUUCAGCGCUCACACACUCUCUAAUGACCACAGCGCCCAGAACGAGGAUGAGAUUGCUCGGAUACGGGGUGAACACCCUCCAUCAGAGAGGAAGACGGUUAUACGACAGGACCGGUUGCUUGGCCUCCUCAUGCCGUUCCGUGCAUUUGGGGAUGUGAAGUUCAAGUGGAGUAUUGAACUGCAGAAGCGUGUGUUGGAGUCUGGACCUGAUCAGCUCCAUGAAAACGAGCAAACCAAGUUUAUCCCUCCAAACUACCACACACCCCCCUACCUGACCGCUGAGCCCGAAAUCACGUACCACAAACUGCGGCCACAGGAUCGCUUCCUGGUGAUUGGCUCUGACGGCCUCUGGGAGACCCUCCACAGACAGGAAGUGGUUCGUAUUGUGGGGGAGUAUUUAACAGGGGUGCACCAGCGUCAGCCCCUCAAAGUCGGAGGCUACAGGGUCACCCUGGGACAGAUGCAGGGGCUGCUGGAAGAGAGAAAGGCUCGCGUGUCUUCAGCUUUCGAGGAUCAGAACUCAGCGACCCACCUGAUGCGCCACGCGGUGGGAAACAACGAGUUCGGCACGGUUGACCACGAGAGGCUGUCGAAAAUGCUGUCGCUGCCCGAGGAGCUGGCUCGUAUGUACCGCGAUGACAUCACCAUUAUCAUCUCUCAGUUCAACCCUCAUGUGAUUGGAGCACAGAGACAGGAAGGGCAGUCCUGAGCUCUACAAAAGCCAUUCACUGGUGUACUGUAGAUCUACACAUAAGCACACUCUGUGGACAAACAGGCCAUAUUAAGGAAAUAUCUGUCUAGCAGUUGGAAUGAAUUGUUUUAACUCUAUUUAUGUAAAGAAUUUGUACGUUUGUACGCAGUGCUAGAGAAGAUCCAGUUCCUUAUGAUAUGAAGAGAUCUCUGUUAAAAACUGGAUCAGAGUCUCUUACAUAACAUGUUAUUUAUGCUGCCAAUAUCCUCUGUCAGCCAUUUCAACACACUUCUCUGGGUGGCUCAUAAGACGCUGUUACAAACUGAUUUCUGUGCCAAAAGAUUCAACCUCCCCGUCUGCUGAAAAACUCGGCAGGGUUGAAAUGAUAGAAAUUCCAAAGAGGGUGAAGGUUUGGACUUGACAAGUAAAGAGGUCUUUGUUGAUGCAGCAGUGACUCGACCUGCUUUUCUGAUAGGAACUCUUAACUUGGCUGUUCCAUUAUAAAACCACACUGUCUUUCUCUGCUGUCUGGUUUUGUUAUUUGCAUCCCAGGCAUCUGUGAGGCUGAUGUUACGACAGAGGACUGUUGCAUCUGUUUGUUUUACUUGUUUGUCUAUGUCAUUGUAAAUAGAUAUAUUCUUAGUACUGUCCAAACAUACACAUGUUGUUCUGCAUUUACACUGCAGUCUGUGAGUAUUUGGAGGAUGGUGUUUACUCCAGCACACUGGAUUUCAAGUAAAACUGUGACAGCAUCUGAUGCAGAUGUUAAUACUCUACAAUUAAAAUUGACAGUUGAACCUCAUAGGUUCCCAUCCUGUGUGAGUCCCAAGAUAAAUAUCAGGGGUCACAAGAUGAUUAUGGGGAAGAGAGAGAAAAAUAAUUCUGUUACACAAAAUUGUAUCUAUUUUCUGACUUUUCCCUGUUGUUUGCUUUUUCAAAUAAAUACGUAGUCUUUUACCUUCAGGCCUCUAAUAAUCAAAUAGACAUUUCUGCAUUUUAAAACCAAAAAGGCCACUGAGCUAGUGAUUCUUUUCAUUUCAAAUCUAACAUGCUGGAGCACAAAUAUUUACAGACUGCACAGUCUAAAGAGUCAUUAACUAUUGUUAGACUUGUACUGUGCAUCACUACAGGUAUACUGAUAAUGCAGUUAGAGUGAAAUGAAAGUUUGUAGUUCUUUUUAAAGCUGUGUGGGGCUGAAAGGGAUGCUUGUUGAAAGCCUCAUGGUUUAUUUUUUUUUCUUCUGACCGGUCAUUAGCAGAGUGGGUAACAGUUUAGUGAAAGCAGAAGCAGACCGCUCUCCAGUUAAACACUAAUGAAAGUGUGGUGGUUGUGUGUUCAAGUGUAUUUAAGCCCAAAUGAGUGAGCAGAAUGUAAAUUUGAAAGCAGCUGUUUGAAUAUUAAAGAUUAUUUAUUCAGCUUUAGCAGUAUGUUACACAUCUUCACCUACAGUAUGUAUAAAGUGUAACUUAUGUGGGUUAAGUUUUGUAUAUGGAAUGGUUUAAUAAAACACUGAAUACGCAACA